CAAUUGGACGAGGACGGUCUCCAAGAAAUCAACCUGGAGUCGUCCUCAGUGGAAUCAGGCGAUAAAAUUCCGCGUUUCUCCUUCGGAAAGAAUCGGCUGAUGUCAGGACGGCAGGCUUUCUGGACAGAAAAUAGGCCUAAUUCGGCUGAGGAGCUAAAUAUUAACGAACACUCUUUUUUUUGUAAAUCAUCUUCCUUAACUUCUACUUCGAGCUCAACCUCAACAUAUUCCUCUGAGGACUCACCUCAUUUGCAUCGGUCUAUCUACCACUCGCAGAUGCCAAGUGAUCGUAGAAAUCAUGCUAGCACAUGUCGCGAUAAUUUAUCUGAAAGGCUUAGCUGGCGAAACCAUACACGAAGGCACCGACAAAGACGAGGCUCACGGCCACACUAUGAGAUGUCGUGUGCUAGACUUGGUUUGGCGAAAAUGCAUAAUGGCAGUCGGUUUGUUGAAAUUCCCAUGCCAGCCACGGCCUUUAAAUCGGAAGAUAUCGAUACCCAACUCAAAGAGAGACGAAUAACAGAGCGCACCGAAGUUCCUGUCCUACAAGACCUUUAUUUACGUCAACCAGACCUCUGGGGUAUGGUAUUAGCACCUGGAGCUGGGCGGCUGCUUGAUGGUGUCGGAGCAGAGAGCCUCUCUGAUUCAGAGCCUGAACAUUUUAUGGAGGCACCCAAAACCAUCGUGAGGCCAAUUGGAAUGGAGGCGAAAAGUUCUUUCGUGUUCCGAGGGGAACUGGACAUUGCUGAAAGAAAAUGGAACUCUUUGCCAUCCGGACGAUUUCGUUCGGAGCGACACUCUAAGCAGACAAACAGUAUUUUUGAACCCUGUAUCCAAACUUACGAAGGGGAGGAUUAUGAAGAGGACAACAACGACAACAAUGGUGAGAAACUGGGAGAGAGGCAUGUCGCUCAGCAUAGAGGCAAUAAGGUUGGACCUGGCGCCGUCAGUUCCAUUCCUGGCCCAGGUCCCUGCGGUCUUACUCCUGCGUGUCGUGCCCGCAUGACCACCAACCUAGUCGCCCUGGAGGCGCAAUAUCAGCGUCAACUUAGUCGGCAACGUGGAGCCUCUCUCCUUCUUCAUAGCCCCCUAAUGACUGGACCUGACGGCCUGCCCUCAGGCCCUGCGCUGAUGAUGCCUGCUGUUCGCCCGGCCAGAAAAGAAAGGCUUCCAACUACCCGAGCCUCUAAGAGAGUAGGCUCCACUACAGCAGGUUCAACUUCAGCCGCAACUGACCUUGACUCCAAUUCUGUCGGCGUUGGCAUUUCCUCGAACGAAAUCGUAGGCGCUAAUGCAGGCAAAUCCAAACCUUUGGGAGGAAUUUCAACUAUAGCUAGUGGCCAGAUAGUCGUCACGGGGUCCAGACAGACUGGACCUUGUACCAAACCCAAUAGACCUGCUGGGCGUACUAGUAGGAGUGGUAUUUGUCGGUUAGACGGAGAAAUGAUGCCGCUUACUCAAAUCCCAGUUUCUGUGGUCUCACAGCCUAUGCUGGCCAAGAAGCAGAAAGGCUUUAGCUUUAAUCGAGCUCUAGCUCGACCAAAUUCACGUAAAACUGAAUCAUUUGACAGCACUGAAAGACAUACUGAUUACACUCUGCUUGCUUCUCCGCCUAUCGAUGCUUCUGAACGUCACUGGAUCUAUGAUUCUUGCCUUGUACAACAUGUUACCGAUAGGCUAUAUCCUCAUUGUAUCACAGACGUUAUGCUAGCUGCUGAUGCUGUGACUGAGCAACGCUCUUCUAAAGUGAACAGGGAGCCUAAACCACUGACUAGUUUGCUCGCCUUAAUUAGGAAUAAUUUAGGCGCUGAAGGUGGUACUCACGAAGGCCCAUCUUAUUUUUCCGACUCUGAAGCACCUCAAAAAGCUAUCAAAAAACGCUACUCUUUUCAGCCUGAUUCAUUAUAUCUUCACUUUCCUCACCAAUCUGCUUCCUGUCUGGUUCAUCUAAAAUCUAACUCUGGUCAGUUACGAUCAGGACCUGCUUCACCUUCUACCAUCCUACCUGAGGUCACCAGUGCUCCUCUCUUCGCUUCAGUUCCUGCCACUCCGGUUAAAUUCCCCACCUCCGAGUCCAGGUCAAGCUCUUUGCAUGCAGCUGGACAACACUAUGUAAUACCGAGUAUCGACAUUUGCACUGAUAAACAUGCUAAAAGCACUACUGACAGUGAGAACUUAAUUUGUCAGGCCUCCUUGCUACAGAGCCUAGAAGGCAAAUGCUCUAUUUUUGAAUAUACUUCCGAAGGAAAUCCUGAUCAACCAUUCAUCCCGCUUUAUCUUGCUAACCCUGGUAUCGAGCAACUGCAUAAGGAAAAUGCCGAACAAUCCGACUCCGCCGGAGCUGAAGGAGAACAGGGGGCUGGUGUCAUUCAGACCUACCCGAAAAAGUGUCCAAAGGAGUCCGUUUUGCUUGCAGGAAAGAUAGCCUGGCCUGGAGGACAUGAUGGUCGACCAGAAGGCCAAAAGGCGGCAGAAAUAUGGGACAAAGAAGAUAAUAUCGAAAGGGAGCAAGCGACUUGUGCAGCUAAUAAAAUUACUCUUGCCAAUGGAGAGCAUGAUAAGCCUGCUGUAACAGAUCCUGGUCGAAUGGAGGUAAAUAUAGCUGGUGACAAGAUUUGCAUAGGCAUUGGCCUCCUCGCCGAUUUAUGCUAA